AUGCCGUCCGCGACACCCCCAGAAACUGAAAGGUCUCCAAGCCCACCCGCUUCUGCGCCAACAGCACUCACACCGGGCUAUCGCGCCGAAGCCUUCGUCACCCUGUACAAGGCCGCGCUGGACAAAACCCUAGAAGCCAUCUCCCCCUCCUCCUUCGGCGCCUGCUUCCCGUCCAUCUCGACAAAUGCGCCCACGCAACUCGCAGCCAUGCACACCGGCAUGACAGCCGGCCUCCGCUCUUUCGCUCUAGCGGAAUUCGACACGAUUAUGGAGGAACGGAGGGUCGUGGAGAAUUUGAAUCGGCUUGAGGAUUUGAUUUCUGAUGCGAAGAAGAGGAAGGCGAGGUCUACAUCGGGGACGGAUGGAGAUGAACAACCAGUUCCGCCGCAUACAUUACCGCCGAAACCACUCGUUAACGCGCAUCUGAACCCAAUACACAGGAGUCAGCAAAGCCAGCUGAAUGCUAGGCUUCAGACGACGCAGAGUCAGAAUGCGAACUUGAUUGAGGUUUUGAGGAGGCAGAAGGCGGAGAUUGAGGAGUUGGUGAAGCUGGCGGAGAGAGUGGUGGGGGAUGUGGGGGAUGCGGGGCGGCGGCUGGGGAGUCAGGGGGAGGAGUUGGCUGAGGGAAGUAGGAGGGCGGAGGAGAGUUUGGGGAGUGUUUGA